ACUGACCUGCGGUACCGAACGAUACCGAGCAAUACCGAGCCGUGGUACUGAGCACAGAGAUGAAGUGAUGAAUUCUGGUUGAUCUUCGGACGGCAUUCGGCUUCCACGCAGAAUAAUUAAUCCUCUUGUAGGGGUAAAUGUAGUUCAUUUGCCGAAAUUUAACCAUAUCCCAUAAAGCCAAAGUGCACACCGGUUCAGCAACGGUCGGGAAACGGCGACAAGUAAUCGUUACGACUGCCCUUCCCAUCGCGCCUCCUCGCCCAAACCCGCUCCCCUCCAAUUUUAAAAACCAUACAGUCUCAUUUCUGCACUCUCGUCUCUCAUCACAGAAAACCAAAGCUUCAAAACAACAUAAAAAAUAGAAAAUUAAUGGCUUCCACUGCCCGCUCUCAGUUAUACGAAUGCUUCUCCAUUCCCACUCUCCGCUGCUGUCUCGCCGAAUUCAUCUCCACCUUUCUCGUCGUCUUUGCCGCCACCGGUUCCACCAUUUCCGCCCGAAUGCUGACGCCUGAUGUGACAUCCGACGCAUCGUCUCUAGUGGCCACGGCGGCGUCGCAGGCCUUCGCGGUGUUCGCCGCCAUAUACAUAGCCGCCGAUGUCUCCGGCGGCCACAUAAACCCUGCCGUCACUUUCGCCUUUGUUCUCGGCGGCCACAUCGCCAUCCCCACUGCCGUCUUCUACUGGAUCUCUCAAUUGCUAGGCUCCACUCUCGCUUGCCUUCUCAUCCGCUUGGCCUCCGCUGGUCAGGCGGUGCCAACGACGAAGAUAGCGACGGAGAUGACGGGCUUUGGAGGGGCGGUUGUGGAAGGGGUGAUAACCUUCAUGCUGGUCUACACCGUUUAUGUGGCGGCGGACCCGCGGGUGGCCGGUGGGAGGAAGGCCGGAUCGGUAAAUGGGCCGCUGGCGAUCGGGUUUGUGGUUGGGUCAUGCGUGCUGGCGGCUGGUUCGCUCACGGGGGCGUCCAUGAACCCAGCUCGGUCCUUCGGUCCAGCCAUAGUGAGCGGGGAUUUUAAAAACCAUGGGGUUUAUUGGGCCGGCCCACUCAUUGGUGCUAGUUUGGCUGCUCUGGUCCAUCAAAAUAUUGUCUUUCCAUCACCCUCUUCUUCCUCUGAAGACGUCUUAGAAGUUUAAUCAAUAUGGUUAAUCUAUUUUGUGAGAUAUUAGACUUCAUAUUUGUUUAGAAGAUAUUAGACUUCUAUUUUGUAACUCAUAAAUUUUUAUUAAAAAUUCCGUCGGGUUUCACAAAUUACGAACGAAAAUUUCGGUGAAAGUUUUAUGCCGAAAAUUUCAUCGAUACCGUGUGAAUUUUCUGUA